AUGGCUAUUCCCAACAGAGGCCCCGAGCUGCUCGCAGUCAAUAUCGCCUUCGUCACCACUGCUGUUCUGGCUUGUUGCUUGAGGAUAUAUGUUCGCCUCUGUAUGGUCAAGGCAUUUGGCCGAGAUGACUAUUUGAUGGUUCUCGCAACUCUCUUCUUCAUUUCUUACACCACAUCGUCUUGCAUCGGCAUACACUAUGGAACCGGAAAACAUCAUCGUGACCUGCCCAUCGAGGGUGUUCAAAAUGCGAAGCACGCGUGGAUCAUCUACAGUGCCAUGUGCGUCUCGAUCAUCGCUGGAGGCACUUUCUUCUUCGUCUGUCUCUUCCAGUGCUACCCAAUCUCAUACAUGUGGGACCGCACUUCGCAAGAAGGAAAGUGCGUCGACAACACAGUCAUCACCGCUCUCGGCUACGUCUACAGUAUCUUCAGCAUCAUCACCGACUUUACCUUCGCUAUCAUUCCGGGAUUCUUGGUGUGGCACUUGCAGUUGAAGAGGAGGACCAAGGUUGCUUUGAUCCCGUUGAUCACCAUGGGUUGCAUCGCAAGUGCUGCGGUCAUCGCGCGCAUGCCUUUCGUUCACUACUUCAACUCUCCUGACUUCCUCUGGUCCACACUUGACAUCGCCAUCUGGUCGUCCGUUGAACAAGGUCUCGCCAUCACUGCCGGUAGCCUUGCAACACUCCGCCCAUUAUUCUUCAUCGCCAUGCACAAGCUCGGUCUCUCUACACGCCCAACUGGAGCCUACCGUCCGUCCGCAUACGGCAUGUCUGCCCCCUUACCCGGCAAUGCCGCUGGAAACUCCAAAGCCGACAAGCUCCGUCCCGACAUGUACAAACUCUCCGCCACCGUACAAACUCGCACUUCCGACGACGAACCUGUUUCGAAUUCGAACAAAUGGUACGGCGGAAAGGCACCACCAAACUCAAAGAAAAGCACGCGUGUAGACAACUCCGACAACGAUAGUCAAAGGAGUUUGAGGAUCAAGAGCGCGAGGAGCAGUGCGGAAGAGGAUCACUUCCAGAACGGCAUUAUGGUCUCCAAGUCAUUUUACAUCACGGAUGAAGAGCGGGGAUCGGUUUUGUCUGCGCCUUACAGAUGA